AUGUGGUGGCCCGUCAGGGUGAUUACCCUGUUGCUCAUCUACUGCCUACAGUUGGGCAGAACGGCAGAACUCGCAGCUCCGGCGCAACUCCAACCAAUCCGUCAUUCUGCCUGUUCGGUGCUGAGCCGCCCGUUCGACAACGAAAACGAUCAUUGUAUUUCGCUGGCUCGUGCUCCUUUCGGGAUUGGAGUCGAAGACCCGGGUCUCUUCUUGACGAUCGUCACCCCGGGACAGCCCACCGAUACCGAGGAGCUGUGGUAUCAUUAUGGUUGCCAAGAGCGCCAAGUCUUCUGCCGCAACUUCUACCAGGCGAGCGAGCACAAGCCGGUCGGCUGCUACUCUAAUACACGAUGGGAUCCGACGAUGUGCCAUUGUGAACGCCUCAACGAUACCGCGGCCCCAAUUCUCGAUCUGGAGGCCAGUCUACACCUCCAAGAUCUCUACUCGAGUUAUAUGAAGACAACGGACCCGUCGGACCCCAAAUCGAGGCAAUGCUUGACGAGACCAAUAAUUCGCGCCUGGGAGCUGGGCGUUCUGAGGCCGAAGAUUGUCCUCUGCGACGUGACAACCCCAUACUAUAGCCCGAAAGACGGCUGCAAGGAAAUUACCGAAGCGCCGUACAGCGAGACGGCCGUCGCCUUCUACGAGUACAUCGAUGAUCUCAAGAUUGUCUACAUGUGCCCCGACAAGGGUCAGGUCUUCUGCACGGAUCCCGCCGACAACGUCGACGACCUCGACGACGACGACAACUACUACUACUACUACCACGACUACAACUACGACCACCACUACUACAACUACUACCACAACUACUACCACUACCACGACGACGACGACGGCGACGACGACCACAACAACAACGACCCCAUCGUCGACAACCCCCACCACUACCACCACCAUGAACACGACAACUAUGCCGCCAACUACGACUCUGCCUCCUACCACAACGACGAGUACUACUACAACUACCACCAGUCCCACGACGACGACCACUACCACCCCUACGACGGCCUCUACAAGUACAACAGCUUCUACCAGUACAACUACACCGACUACAACGACUUCUACCAGCACAACGACUUCGACGAGUACGACAACAACGACCACUACUACCACCACAACCAC